AUGAACGAGGAGCUCGCGCCGUCGAAGCGUCUGCGCGCCGCGGGGGGGUUCGAGGUGCUGCCCGACGGGGUGCUGGGGAUGGUCGUGGACUUCCUCGUGCCGAUCGCCGAGCGCGACGACCAGUUCUGCCAGCGCCGCCGCAUGGCCGAGCGCAUGUUCGAGGCGCUCGCGUACAACCACGAAUUCAUGCCGCUGGCGCGGGACGCGCUCGCGCUGUUGGGGUCCUGCCGGCUGUUCUCCCCUCACUUGCUCCACCAGAACUUCCUGGAGCUGUGUUUUGAGAAGCUCGCCGAGGGCUUCCGCUUGCCGCAGCGCGAGCUCCGGGCCCUGCAGAUCACCGUGGAGAGGAUGCGCUUCUGCGCCCCGCCGUCCGGUGCACGACGGCCCGCUACCGCUGCAACCGCGACCUGGCACGCGGCGCCGGCCUUGACCGGCUCACCGGCCGACCUCCGGAGCAAGCUGGAGGACGUCGAGGACGAGGGCAUGGUCAAGCGGCUGCUGGGCGGCGUCAGAGCGAGGACGAACGCCCAGGGCUCGCAGCGGCUCCCGCUCGCCAACAACGGCCUCCGGGAGGUCCUCUUGUCCCGCCCCAACGGCGAGCUCACCAGAGCGGGCCAGUUCUACUACGGCCUCACAAUUCGACGAGCAGCAGCCCCUGAUCCGUGUUACAUCCUCCUGCGCUCGGGCCUCAAGAAGCCCGUGCGCUCGCUGCAGCCCGACGGCAGCUACCACCUCACCAAGCUCGGGAAAUGCUUCUUCCGCGACAAGUACACGGAGUGGCUGGCCCACGUCCCCGUCCGCAUCACGGGCACCCGCCAGCGUGGGCGCAACGCCGGGCGAGCCCACAUGCGCGAGGACUUCCUGCCCGUGACCAUGGUCAACGGCAGUCUCUCCCACCAGUCCAGCGGCCUCAGCGACGCGCAGGCCCACGCCCGCGUGAAGGCAGCCGCGCUGGCGCAGCUCAUGGAGCUCAGCCAGGAGACCUACCGCUACGACGCCAACCGGGACUGGGCCUUCUCCAACCAGACGCUGCAGGCCAUCGACAACCGGGCGCAGGCGGAGGUCGCCCUGCGGCAGCCCAUGGGCGCGCUGCAGGAAAUCAGCUACCAGCUGUACAACGGCUCCGAGAUCCUCCCCAGCGCCUUCGAAGCGAGAGACGACCGGCUCUGCGUGGCCCGGCAGCUGGCGGAGCUCCUGCAGCUCCCCCUGCCCGAGGUCCUGAGUGACUUCGACGCCAUCUGCGACAAGGGCUGGGAGGAGCGGGGCAUCACUGCGCUGGAGGUUCGAGAGUUCUGCGCCUGGCACGGCGCUCCCAUGUUCUUCGUCAGCUGCUGCGGCCAGCUCAUCGACGCCUACCAGCCGCCCGUCAAGGAGAACAAGGCCGUGGCCUUCACCUGCUACCAGGGGCACGCCUACUUUUACAAGUCGGCCCGGGCGUGGCGGCCCUGGGCUGGCCGCAUCGAGUCGGGCCACUUCUGGGCCGAGGACCUGCGAAAGGUCCGGGCCACGCUGCUCGCACAGGGCCACCAGCCCAAGGUGACCAUGCGCUCCCUGUGCCGCCUCCGCGUCAAGGACGCCCCCGACUGCGUCGUCACGCAGUAUGCCGAGGACGCCGAGAAGCUCCAGGCCUGGAUGCAGCAGCUGGGGCUGGAGUACCGGGGCCAGCGCCUGGCGGGCGCCGCCACCGAGGCCUUCCAGCACCUCCUCAAAGCGAGGCGCCUGGACGCCUGCGGGAGCCGGGACCACAUUUUGGAGGAGCAGAACCACCUGUGCAAGCUCUGCUCCGCACCCAUCGAGCUGGGCUUUUGUGAGUUCGACCACGUGGUCCCCGUGCACCAGGCUGUGGAGGGCCAGGAGCAAGUGCUGCAGGCCCUGUGCCUGGAGUGCGACCGCACCAAAACGCUGCUGGAGUCCUCCCGAACGGCUUGCCUGGAGAGCCGCGUCUGCCGCAGCGUCCACGAGGCCUACGUGCAGAGCCCGCGCCCGCCGCCGCUCGUCUGCAAGCUUGCCAAGUGCGACCCCGAGCGGGUCUGCUGGGGCGUGGACGUGGUGCGCUGCCGGAAAGUCUGCCGGAAGAAUGCCCUGGCCUACGCGACCUUCCCCCUGCCCGUCUUCAGCCCACUCGAUUCUAUUUGA